AGAACAGUGGAGAGAAAUCACCGACUUCUUCUCCUCCAGUCAGCCUGUCAGAAGGAGCCCACCCCCCUCUCGCUCUCUCACCCCCCCUCCAUCCACACAUGAAGCCCUCACAAAGCAGCAGGAAGUGUCUCUGUGCGUUCAGUUGCUGUGGGAGCUCCUGCGCUGAGAGGACGAUGCUCUGGAGGACCGGACUUUUGCUCCUGAUGGUGCUGAACGCAUCUGCAUACGAACUGGAUCAGAACGAGUCCUAUGCGCCCAGGAGGGCACGCUUCUCUGUCAGCAGCCCUUCAGAUGUGGCACGCUGUCUCAACAGUGCCCUCCAAGUUGGCUGCGGAGCCUUCGCCUGCCUGGAGAACUCAACUUGUGACACAGAUGGUUUGCAUGACAUCUGCAAGUCCUUCCUGUACAGUGCUGCUAAAUUUGACACUCAGGGUAAAGCGUUUGUAAAGGAGAGCCUAAAGUGCAUUGCCAAUGGCAUUACCUCCAAGGCAUUCCCAACCAUCCGUCGCUGCUCCACCUUCCAAAGAAUGAUAUCCGACGUCCAAGAGGAGUGUUACAGCAAGCUGGACAUCUGCACCGUGGCCCAAACUAAUCCGGAUGCUAUCGGUGAAGUGGCACAGCUGCCGAGCCAUUUCCCCAAUAGAUUUUAUGGGAAGCUGCUGCAGAGCCUGAUGGACUGUGAUGAGGACACGGUGGAUCGCAUCAGGACCAGCGUGGUGUCACGUCUGGGCCCUGAGAUGACCAUGCUCAUCCAGCUGCUGCAGAACAAGCCCUGCCCGUCCACUGCUGUGGCUGCAGCCGCCGCCAUCCCGACUGGCGUGGAGGGCCGUGGGAGCUGGCGCUGGUCAGCGGGACCCAAUAUGUACAAGAUCCAGCCUAAUCUGCGAAACAGAGACUCUGCCACUCAUUUAGGCAAGAAGCGCUCCGCCAGUGACAACUCUUAA